AUGAAGAACGAUGUUAAUUCAAUUCUCCAGUUAAAAAAGAGAGAGAAGAAGGCUGAAGCUAAAAGUAAACAGAAAAAGGAAAAGAAAAGGCCAGAAGGGGUAAAUAGAGAGGUAUUUUCCUUAACAAAUGGUAUACCUCCCCUUAUGGGAACUCAAGAGGCCUCUGCAACUAUCAAAGGAAAGAAAAGAGCGCUGAACUGGAAAGUAGACAAAUGGGUCUGGACUCCUUUUUUCAACCCUGCUAGAGGCGACAAUUUGAAGUUAAAACACUGGCAGAAAGACAAAAAUAAAGAUGAAGUGUACUCAUUUGCUAAAAUCAAUCAGAAAAUCGCUCUUGUCGAUUUUGACGACGAGGAGUAUGACAAGUACUUGAAAGAUCUCAACGAUGAUUGGAAUAAAGAAGAAACUGAGUAUCUCUGGGAAAUGUGUGAAAGAUUUGACCUCAGAUUUAUUAUCAUCCAUGACAGAUACGAUAAAAAGUACCAAAGAACAGUUGAAGAACUUAAAGAUAGAUACUACUCAUGUGCCAAAAAGCUCCUUGAGGAAAGGGAGCAAGAAGAUCACAACAUUGUCAAAAAGCCUUUUAACUACGAUUACGAAGUCAAGAGAAAAUAUUACCUUGAGAAACUUUAUUUGAGGACAAAGCAGCAGAAUGAGAAGGAAAAGCAUAUCAUUGAAUAUAUCAAAAAGCUUGACCAGAAGCUUAAAAAAUAUGAGAAAGAGGAGAAAAACCUAGCUAAAAUCCUUGACGAAGACAAACAAGGAAACUUGUUGAGGAAGCAAGAAGAUGAUUCUGGUAAAGGUGAGAAAAAGGAAGGAGUAUCUGGAGCGUACCUUAGAUCGCAACAUAUUAUUGCCCCAGUUCCAAUGUCUGAGAAAAGUCAGAGCCAAAUGGAUAUCAUAUUCAAUGAAAUGGAGUUGAUUCCAAGCCAAUUGAAGCCAACUGAGAAAGUACUGGAAUUAUUCACUGAGAUCAAAAAGGAAAUUAUUAGGAUGCUCUCCUUGCAUAAGCACAUAAAGAAGAGAAAGGAAGAAAUUUCUAUCUUGAACGACAAACUCAAAGAUAUGGAAGAUUUUUGAAAAAUUUCUGAGUUAAAUAAGAGUGCUCCAGUAGGAGCAAGAAGCACUGGAGCAAUGAGAUAUCCCCCUCCUCAAAUUGGACAAGAUCAUGUACCUCCUUCAAUGUCAAGAAACCCAUCAGCUACAUCUGAGAGGCUUCAUCCUUCUGCUGCUAGACAAUCAGUUCAGAAGUCCCCAAAUAAGGAUGCCAAAUCAGCCAAAGGUGGGAAGAAGAGAAAGGCUGGUGGAGGAGGUCCUGGCAGUAAAAGAUCAAGAAAUUAA